GAAACAAAGCGCCUGAUGUUCUGGAUGUACGAUGGCUCGGUUGGCACAGAGCGGGUCGUGUUUCCUGCGGGGCCACACCUCUCGCGCUGCUCUGGAUUGGCCCCUUGCGCCUUCACAGUUCCGCCUCGACGCGCAUUUAAGUCCUGCAGCGUUUCCUCCAACUUCUACUAUCAGGCUUCAGGAGACUAUCCGGCCACCAUGUCCGAGCGAGGAGCCUUCGACACCAACGUGGUCACCGUGACCCGGUUCGUCAUGGAGGAGGGCAGGAAGGCCAAAGGUACCGGAGAGCUCACGACGCUGCUGAACUCUCUGUGCACGGCGGUGAAGGCCAUCUCCUGCGCCGUGCGCAAAGCUGGGAUCGCCCACCUGUAUGGCAUUGCCGGCAGCACUAACGUGACAGGUGACCAGGUGAAGAAGCUGGACAUCCUGUCCAAUGAUCUGAUCAUCAACAUGAUCAAGUCCUCUUUUACCUCCUGUGUGCUGGUGUCUGAAGAGAAUGACAAAGCCAUCAUUAUAGAGCCAGAAAUGAGGGGCAAAUACAUUGUGUGCUUUGAUCCUUUGGACGGCUCCUCCAACAUCGACUGUCUCGUCUCCAUCGGAACCAUUUUUGCCAUCUACAAAAAGUCCACAGAUGAUCAGCCCUCUGAGAAGGACGCCCUGCAGCCUGGCAGGAACCUUGUUGCGGCGGGAUACGCCCUCUACGGCAGCGCCACCAUGAUGGUGAUCUCCACCGGCCAGGGAGUGAACUGCUUCAUGCUCGACCCAUCGAUCGGCGAGUUCAUCCUGGUCGAUCGGGAUGUGAGGAUCAAGAAGCGAGGCAAGAUUUACAGCUUGAAUGAGGGCUACGCGAAGCACUUUGAGCCCGCUGUCACGGAGUACCUGCAGAAGAAGAAGUUCCCUCAGGAUGGCACUGAGCCCUACGGCGCCCGUUACAUUGGCUCCAUGGUGGCAGACGUGCACCGAACGCUGAUGUAUGGAGGCAUCUUUUUAUACCCAGGAAAUGUGAAGAGCCCCCAAGGAAAGCUGCGGCUGCUGUACGAAGGCAACCCCAUGGCCUACAUCAUGGAGCAGGCGGGUGGCAUGGCCUCCACCGGCCUCGAGACCAUCCUGGACAUCCAGCCAGAGAGCAUCCACCAGCGGGCUCCCGUGGCAAUGGGCUCCCCGGAGGAUGUGCUGGAGUACAUCGCCAUCUGCCAGAAACACGCCAAGAAGUGAGAGUGCACCGACUCGCUCCGACAACCAUCGCUGGCCGGCGAAAAACCCUGUAUCUCCAACUUUCCACUUUUAUGGGACUGAGUUCGCCUCCUUUUGAGCUUGAUGUACAUGUACCAAAAAUGUCAGGGGGUUUUCUGAGCGCAAACGCAUAAAUAACCAAGGUUGGAGUUACAAGGUUUUCAUGUCAUACCAGCAUAUUCAUGUUCUAUUUGUGGAAAGCUGACAGACAAUAGAAAGAAGGUGGUUAAGUGGAAACAUGGAAACUGCAGCUCAUGAGCUCAAUAACACACACAUUCCACAAAACACUGCCAAAGACCAAAAACAAAGACAAAUGCACUUGAAUAAACCGAAGCUGAAGACUUUUCUCUUCACUUUACCUCCGGCUGUGCCUUAAUUAGAAUGACGAGACAUUCUACACGCAUGAAGGACCAAAUGCAAACCUCUAUGCAAAACCUGAUGCCUUUAUUAUGUGAACAACUGCUGUUUGAAUGAUGAAGUCUCAAUAAAUCAACAUGAGUCUAUGAA